CGCGGCGCGUUCAAGAGCAGUGAGGAAAUGACACCGGUUGCUGCACGAGUGUCUGCCAUCACAGUGACGAGCAAAGUGUGGGACGAGUGUUUGAAAGUGCGUCGCUUACCGCAUCUUUGCCAGCCUCGCCUGUCGCCGUCAACACCGUGCAGACUUUUUUGGCGACCGGUGAGAAAAACGAGUUGAUAGUCUUCUGUCCAAUCAUUUGGAUCGUGGGGGUUUGACUUUCUUCAAAUGAAUACAAAUAUGGACUAUCAAAAGAAGCUCGUAGUGUUGAGUCCACCCGCCUAUUACGCGCCAAAUCUAGAACGGAAGCAGUAAUAUGCUAAUGAGCUGUGCGGCGUUCAAUGCCUUCCGUUGUUUGCAGGCAGCGUAGCGUUAUAUUCAUCAUCAUUUUAGCUUCACCGUCCAUAUAACCGGCGACAAAGUGAGUGGCUGUCAUUUUGACCUGCGCUCUAGUUUUCCCUGUUUAUUGCGAGAUGGGCUAUAAGUAGAAGAGGCUGGCAAAUGUAAGAGUGGGAACCGAGGGAGGCGUUUAAUAACUAGAUAGAUGCCAAACAUACAGAAGAAUUCGUUAAAGAACGGACUCCUACGCUCCAAAAUAAAGAUCACUUGGAUUAACAAUGGAUUUCUUCAAGUCUUCGCCAUCUUUUCGUGUCAAGUUUGAUGAAGAGAAUGUGAUCCAAAACAAAUAAUGGUGAUCUCCGAUAGUGAUGUGAAGAACCACAGCCAUGGAGCGCUCACUGGGCCAACAUUCUUCUGAUGCUGAUGAUGGUAGCUCAAAGGCCAUCAAACUGGACAGUAACGAGUGGGAGACACAGCAGGCGGAGGAGGAUCCUGCAGAGUUCUCGAGCCCGAUUCCCUGGCAGAAGAUAGAGGCGGAAGGACUCGAUUGUGACUAUGCGCUGCUGUUCUCCAAGGAGGAAGCAGAGCAGCUGUUCACAAAGCUUGAAGAGGAAGUUGUAUACGCGACAGGGGAAGAAUCCAAGGUCCAUGUGUUUGGGAAGCUCUGCAACAUUCCCAGGAAGCAGGCCACAUAUGGAGAUGCUGGGCUGAAGUACACCUACUCCGGAGUGGCGCGUCUGGCCUGCGCCUGGACCCCGACUUUGGAAUACAUCCGGGAUAAAGUCACCAAAGCAACAGGACAGAUAUUUAAUUUUGUCUUGGUGAACAGGUACAAAGACGGUCAGGACCACAUGGGGGAGCAUCGCGAUGAUGAGAAAGAGCUGGACCCUCUCUGUCCCAUCGCCUCAGUCUCUUUCGGAGCAGCUCGGGAUUUUAUCUUCCGACACAGGGACGCUCGAGGGAAGCACAGCUGCCGGCAGAUAGACCCGGUCAAGCUGGAGCUGGCCCCGGGCAGCCUGCUGCUCAUGAACGCUCCCACUAACACGCUCUGGUACCACAGUCUGCCUGUACGCAAGAGGGUUCUACAACCUCGUGUCAACCUGACCUUUCGGCGCAUUCUGCCCGACCGCAAAAAACUCUGAUGUUCAAGGAAUGUUCCCUGUGAGGACACGUUGAAGCCCGAAACACAAUGUGCUGAAAAAGAAAAGCGUGCUGAAGUUGAAACUCCCUGCUGGACUGGUAAAGGUUUGCCUUAUAUAUUUACACUAAGAAUGCAUUAAUGAUGACAUUUUUAAAAUAAAG